AUGGACUCUCCUUCAUCCUUCUGGGAAGACAAGUCGGGUUUUCAAACUUCCCAGAGCUCCAACCGCACAAGGUCCCACUCGGCUGCUGGGGGUCCCCCCUCUUCCUUUGGGGCAGCACCACAUAUUGCCCCCCCUUCCCUCCCGCUUCUCUCCUUUCCCCAGGCAGGCCCCCUUCUCCCUGGGGAACCCACGGGGGUUUUUACCACCCCGCGAAACCACCAGCCCCGCCCGAGACUUCGCUGCCACCCACAGCCCGUCACGAAGCGGUGGCUGCGCCGCUGCGGACCCACCCACCCACAGCAACAGCUCCGGGACGCUCGGGCCUCGGCGGCGGGAGGAGCCCGGAGAGACCCGCGGAGGGAGACCCGAGAGGCCUGCGCAGCACGGAAUGCCCUGCCGAAGGCUUUACAGCCGCCUCAGCAGCGGGGCCGGGGCGUGAGGACCGGCCAACCCCACCAGCAGACAAACCCCGCAGCCACAGCGAGCGCCCACCUGUCCCGCACCACCGGCCAGGCGACGGAGGCGGCCGGUGCCGCGGAUAACUCGUCCGGCGGGAAACAACGCCUCACUGUGGCGGGCAGCAGGGGGACGUGUAAAUUACGGAGACGCCUUGGUUGUUUCUGCCCGGGCACUAGUGGCGCUGGCACCGGUAGGAAGCGGAGCCGUGGCCGUGGCUCGACGCCGUCUCCAUGGCGACCGGCGGCGCUUCUUGCUGCGCAACUGACGCCGGGCUCCGUAAGUAACGGCCCCGGCCGCCCUCCAGCGCUCGUUCUCGGCCCGGGAAAAUGUUUCCCUCUAUGUGCAAAAAUAGCUGUUAACAACGUUGAAGGGAAGCAAAGCUCUAGACAGCUUGUGUUCGCCCGUAACAUUCUCUUGCAAUCAGCAAUGGUAUCAAGAAGGUCAAGACUGCAGGAUUGUUCUACACAUCAAAUAAAAUCAGUUCAGAGCUGUGCUGGAGUAUCAGACGUACUGCUGGAGGAGUGCUCGGAAAACCUGAUUCUGAACAUGGCUGCACGAUGAGUGUUCUUGGCAGACGGCUCUGAAGCACUAGAACCUAAAGACAUACCCCAUGAUGCCGACGUUUGUAUUUCAACUGGAGAGACCUUUUUCUAGCCAUUCAAAAAAAUAAAAGACCAUCUGUCAUUGAUGAAGAAAGUAGCUUGGGCAGUGAAUGGCCUGGUUCCUCAUAAUGGUGUCAAGCAAAAGAAAACCAAGCCUGUCAUUUCCAACUGCAGGUAGAAAAUUACUAAGGACACCUCUGACAGAAUUUUAAUGUUUAAGAACUGCACAGGGCAGGAUAACUAUGAGACUAUUGCAUCACAAAAUCAAAUUGAAAAGCUUGUUCCAGAAUCCCAGAAUGUCAGGGAUUGGAAGGGACCUCCAAAGCUCAUCCAGUCCAAUCCCCCUGCUGGAGCAGGAACACCCAGAUGAGGUUACACAGGAAGGUGUCCAGGUACCAUUGGCCUUCCUGGCCACAAGGGCACAGUGCUGGCUCAUGGUCAUAUUCAUACUAUGUUUUCAGAUGAUUGCAAACCGAGGGUGAAUACUAGUCCUCCAGUGAGAUGGUAGUACGUAUGUGGAGAAAAAAAGUUGGCAAUAUCAUAGGUGGUAAGUAGCAUUUGUAGGACAGGCUUUCUGUUUAUUACAUUGAGGACUUAGAACUGAAAUGCAAAUUUGGACUUAUUUUUUUAAUCCUUUGUGUCAGUUGGCACCCUUAACUUGAAUGCAAAAUGGCAAAUUGUCAGUAAAUAAGCUUAUGAAUACGGCUAUUGUUUAAUGUAACUUUUGCAUUUUAUUAUUUGCAUCAUUUCGCAUCCUUUUUUUUUGUGAUUGCAUGUCUCUUUUUCUCUUUUUACUUUAGUCUGACAGUUUUUUCUUACAGUUUUGAUGAGAUAACACACAGUUUAUUUCUUUUACCCUUGUAUAUGGUCUAUAAAUAAGACAUAAUUCCAACUCUGUUUAAGAAGGCUGAGUUAUUUGUUUAAUCUUUCCUUCAGGCCUGUUUUCUAACAAAUACCUAUAUCUUUGUACUAUAAAUUUAAUUAGGCAUUUGAGUAUAUACCUCCAUUAUGGUUUUCUUUAUUCCUGGAUAUCUCUCUUUGUUAUUCAGACCAAAGGGUCCUAGUACAAGUUUUCAAAUAAAUGAGCUCAAGAGCCUUAGACUUUAGAAGUGCCUCUGUCUAUAAAUAAUCUUUCUAUCAUAAGAGAAGUAUACAAGGAAGAUGUAGCAUUUGUAAAUAAUUAAAACGAAUCUUCUUUGGGUCGUAUACCUCCACAAGUGUCUAAGUAAGUAGCCUACUUAUUUCUCUUGUAGUCCUAACCACUUUCAGAGAAGCAAAUCAGAUUUCAUCCAAGCUAGGAGUAGAGUUUUCAGGGUUUUUGACUCUCUUCACAAGCCAGAUAGGAUUCCCCGGCCAUGUUUUAGAAAGAGAGAAGGCUGUCUUCUUUAUGAACAUUUUCUUGUUAUUUCAAAGUUUACAGCUACUUUCAGGUCAAAGUUACAUAAAAAAAGGGUCCUUGAUUAUUUAAAAAAAUUUAGAGAAUGCUCAUUAAAAUAGUUGUACUAAGAAGAGCUAUGUAAUUCAAUAUAAUUCACAUGUAAUUCAAUAGCUUCUGUAAACUGUUUUAAAACAGUGGAAUUAUUCUGAAUUGGUGAAAUGCAACCAGGGGAGAUGAUGUGGCACAGUAAGUGUAGUGAGGCUUCUGUUGCACAAACAGAACGUUGUGAGCGUUGCAGCAGGUUUGAUAGUGACACGUGUUACCUUUCCUGUUCUGUGGAGAUGCCGUGAUGUGAUUUCUCUCCUGCAGGCCAUCGCAGGUUGUCACUUCUGGUUGCCGUUGGCUUGUAUGUGCUGUGGUCCCACACGCUGCUGUUUGCAAAGUCACAAGCCAUGUCGUAGCAUCUGGAAAUAUGUGUCAUUCCUGCACAUGAAUGGACUGAGGAGUAAAAUUAAGGCUAUUUUAACUCACUCUUUCUGCUUGGAAAACUAAUUUUCUACAAAAUAUGAGAUUAUAAUUCUGAGUAAUGAGUAAAACUUUGCUGAGUUCUUUAUAGCUUGAGUCAUGCAAAUGGCUUAAUAUUUAGGUAAUAUCAUUAAUUAGAAGGAGAAGAGUCAUUUCAGUCUGAGGCUAUUUUACUUUUGCAUAGCAAAUUAUUUAAAUCUGUUAAUUUUCUAUGCUGACCUGUCCUAAGAUAUUCUAGUUUAAAAAAAAGGAAAAAGAUGUGCAGGUUGGUAGAAGUGGAGAAAGAGGCAUAAAGUGUAUUGGAAAACUACCAAAUGUCCCCUGCAAAUGGACCCUAUUCAGAAUCAGUAAGCGUAUGAUGAGUGAAGUGGUUUUGAAUAUCGCCUUUAGAUUCCAUGCUGUUACAAGGCCAGCCCCGAACAUGGCAACUCUUAUUUCCACACACAGUACCUCUUCACUCUCAAUUUAACCCAAAAAUCUGAUGAACCCAUUACUCCAUACUUGAUUUCAUGGAACAAGGAGUAGAUAUAGUUACAAAUGAUCAAUCACAAGCCGUGAACCAAAGCAGCAAGGCAUUAACAAUUCACACCAUUUCGGUCCACUUGCUCAAGCAGAAGAUGUGCCAGCAUAUUUAAUGCACAGCUACUUCGUUCAGUUCAAGAAAAGACAUGACUCAUGCUCAUUUUAGGAACUGAAGAGACUUCAUAGGUUUUCCUGCCUACUAACCACCAAGUGUUAGAGUUUGCACUUCUAAACAAUUAAUAUAACCAGGUGUUCAGUAAAGGUCAUAGAGAUAGAUAAGUUUUUAAAUUAAAUUUUGAUCAGCUUAAAAAUGAAUGGAAGGAUGACCUGGGAAAUGGCUCCCACAAUAAAGCCAAGUUCUAUUGUACAAAUUUGUAUUGUACAACCAACAUCUUGUUCAGCAGUCUUGUAACACUGUAGACCCCACAGGCACAUGCCGUCAAUUUAAUGGGAUCACUGAAAAAGCAAAGCAGCUGUGAAAGAUUGCUUUAAGUACAGCAAUCGUGUGCUUGUCAUUCUGUUCAAUAGUGGAAAAAUCCAAAUUCGGAUAGGCAUCCGUAUUUAAGAAAAUGACUGCUAAAGCUUCUCUCGUAAGUACCUUGGGGACAAUACGAUUUGACAUAUAGCAUGUAAACAAAAGUACACAGCAGCUGUUAGAUUAGUUUUUGUUUGAGUAAAACCACGCUGGCAUAAUUUAAACAACACGGGAUACUGCAUGUUCUCUGUCAUUCAGUUUCCCUAUACAAGCAGUCCAUGCCAGUUGCCCUGGACAAAGAGUUGUGUGGUGUUUGCUAAAAAUAAGAAACAGUGAAGUCCAGUGUUUGUCAGCACAAGCUCAUGUCCUCUGUGUAAUAUACAUACACAGUACAGUACAUAUUGAAAGUAUUUCAGGGAACGCCUUGUCCUGAGGAGGCCUUCAAAGAAUUUAUAGUAUUUUGAUUAUAUUGAUUUCUUUUUCCCCACAGCAGUGAAAGUGUUAAUGAUUUCUUUCCUGUUAUUCUGAUACUGUUGUUCGUUCAGAAAUACUUCUACUGUUCUGUAGGUUAUUUGCUAAGAGAUAUUGAUGCAGAAAAGAACUCUGCAUAAUACUGUAUAAUGUUUAUGCUGCAAUAAUGUCAUGAGUUUAAGUAAGAAGAGAGUUAACAAACUGAAUUUGUGGGGAUUUGUUUUUAUGUUUUUGCAGUCCUCUUGUGAUGAUUGCAAACUGCAAGAUGGUGGUUUUACCAUUCCUUUACAAAUGUUCUGCUUACUUUUUGUGGAUAUCCUACUGGGCUUUGGAUUUCAUGCUUUCUGUCACUCCAUUUGAUCAACACUGCACUCUUAUCAUUUUCAACAUGUUUAAAGACAAGGCAAAGAGAAAAGCCUGUUUGCCACAGUGACUUCAUGCCAUUAUCUCCAUCAAUUUAAAAUCUCUGGGUUUUGUUUUAGGGAAAAUAUAAUCUCUGUUCUUCAGAGGAGUGUAAAAUUACACCGUAAAACAAUUAUUUUCUUCAAGGAAAUUCAAUGUUUGUCAUGUGAUAUCAAGUCAAAAAAUCAAUGAAGGAGAGAAUAAAAGCAAUAAAGGUGUAUUUACACUGCUCUUCUUAGCUGAGGAGCAAAGAUCCCUGGGUAUUCCCCUUCUAUCCAUGGCUGACUAUCUAGCAGCUAAGACUGCUGCAAUGGUACAUUUAAUUCAAUUAAAAAAAAAAAAAAGCAGGUGUGUUCUAGUGCAGUAUUUUAAAUUCUACAUAAAAAUUAUAAAGAAAAGAGAUUUUGUCUACCAUUUAAGAUAUUUUCCGUAACUUCUGCGUACCUUCCUUUGCCCAGCUGCCCUUGAAGGGAAGUUUCCUUCCUUUGAAACUUAUUUCACUUUCUGAUCAAGGACUCAUUUGUCAUCACUCCCUCUCAGGAAUUCCAUAAGUACCUCAAUAGCACCUCUAACCUCCUGAGAGACGUAUGUCAUGAUGAGCUGUUCCUAAACCUUACUGGUUAACUCAUGCCCUUUCUUUCCAAGGGUUGGCCUUUGCCUUCUUUUGCUAUGGUUGACACACUAUUAUUGAACUUCAUAGCCCUGCUUCAUAGUUCAAUGUUUAUAAUGUUUGAUCAGCUAUAAUGUUAAAUGGACUAUGCGAUCCUUGACAAUAGACUUGCAAAUCUCUGCAAAAUUUUGCUUACAGGUUCUUUUCCCCUUGCUUUGUAGACUCUGGUCUGUACAAAGCUGUAACAUCAAAGCACUCUAGUGGAGUUGGGAGAUGUUUUAUGAACUCACUAUUGAUCGUCUUUUGAUUUUUAAAAGGGUAUUAGUUCCGACUAAUACCUUGUUGGUUGUAGGUAAGUCACCAUGAUAGCAAGAAGACUGAAAAUAACUAUAUAUCUAGAAACAAAAAGGUUAAGUAUGGAAUGAAGCAAAUACAGUUAUGGAUCGAAUCAGCUGAUGUUUAUGGAAAUUAUUAUUGCUUAUAGAAAUCUAUUUGGAUCUGAUACUCUGAUGACUAAAUUGGGGUUAGGCAUGUCUGGAAGAGGUGACACUUUGGAUCUUUUAACUUCCGAGCUACCCCAGCAGGUCCUGGAACUGUCCCAUCUCUGGUCCCAAGGGUCAUUUCCUUCAAAGAAGGUGAAUCAGGACGGCCACAUUAUACUGGUGUUAAAAUUAUUUGUGGUAAAAUAAUUAAUAGUAUUAUAAUUAGCGUUCAAAUGUAACAUCCAAUUCCACUAUGUACACAGUUUCUUGCAGCUGUGUUUCAGUCUGCUUGCACACUUUGAAAAGCAGCACUAAUUGUGUGUAUCCUCAUUUCUGUUUGUAAUUAUUUUCUUAUGGUUAAAAGCACUGGGUAAAAACCUUCUUAUGUUAUUUGUAAAACUUCCAGAGACUUCCAUGUGAUCAGAUUUUUGUCCUUUUGUUUGAACUAAGUAUAUGACUAUAACUAAUCCUGAUCACAUAAUAUGAAAUGUAGAUUCCAUUGAUGAUUCUGCUCACUUAGACCUGAAGUAUAUUCACUCCUGCCAGUGUUCCUGGUCAAACUUCAUUCAUUACCUCAUCUGAUCUUCUGAAUUGUAUGUCUGAGUUCAGUGUUAAGGACUAAGUGCAUUAUUAGAAUAGUCUGGAAAGGUAUUAAUUCACUGAUUGUCAUCUUGUAAAUAUUUUUGCUCACGUUCAAUUUCAUGGCCAUAUCCUGACAAACUGGGUUUUAAAAGCAAAUAUUUAGUGCUACACAGUAUGCAUUCUGGUUUGGAGUCUUUGAUAGCAUAUUUUGAAAAAGUUUUGCAGUAUUGCUUUUUAUGCAUAUUAAUCUUGUUCAAUGAACAUCCAUCAGCCUUAUUUUGUGAAGUCUGGUCUCCCUUUAGAUAAAUGGGAUUUUUAUCGUAAACUUAAAUAUGGACAGGGUUUCAGCUCAUUUUCUUUGCUGAAGUUCUUCAGACCAUUGAACCCAUGUACGUGUCUUUCAACAUCUUCUUAUGUUGCUUCUCUCUCGCCAUUUGGCAUUGAUAGAGGCUUCGUUAGACCAUUUUCUACCUCUGUAACAAAGUACCUAUCAGACUUACAGACAAUUCUAAAUUACUUUGGAGGAAUCAAGUGACAGGUUCUCAUUCAAGACAUGACUUUUGUUAACCAUGUAGAUAGUCCUUCAGAUACAAACAGAGCUUUCGUGGUGCUUUUCUUUAUUCUUGUAUUCGUGUAUUUUGCUGAACUGAGAUUGUACAGGCUUGUAAAUAUCACAGCAACAUUGCAACUUCAGUGGGGCUCAAGUGACUGAAUAUUAAUGGCUUUGCCAACUAACUCAGAAAAGCAUUUUAUGCAAAGUGUGCAGGAUGUUAGGAAGUAGGAUCUCUGCUGAAGAAUGAAGCUCUCAGGAUUAUUUAUCUGAGAAUUCAUAAAAUGACUGACUAGAUGAUAAGAUUAUAUCACAGAAUUGUGGAAGUCAGAAGACCUGGAUUUUAACAUGAUUUUUAAAAAGUAAUGCCUUUCGCUAGAAUAAACACAGGUUUUUUUGGUUAACCGUGUUCUUAAAUAAUUCAUAAAAUACACCGACUUUAGAAAAGGCAAAGUACAGUCUGUUAUAUGUUUACCUAUUUCUUUAUCAUUAAAGAUGCAUUUAACUGUAUGAUAUUUUCCUUCUGUAUUUGUCCAGAAGUCUCCAGUUACAAAAUAACUCACAUAUGAAAGUUUCUUAACUAAGUUCUCUUUGUUCUUACAUCUGAGUGACCAGCUAUUGAGCCUAAAUAUUUGCUGUAUCAGAAUGGAAAGUUUGUCUCCUAUUCUCAAUAAAAUAUGUAAAGUGUAAUUCAUCCACUGGUAUUUUCUCUGACAAAACCUGUAGUUCUUUGUUAGUAUUUAUGUACCUAGGAAAUCCACCAUUUAUGUCUAUAUGACAACUAUGAAUCUUUAUGACCAAGGAUUGACUGGAUGGGAAAAUUAUGUAUAUAAUUUUAUUUGCGUUGUUCACAAAUGUGCUUUAUACAGUUUAUUAUUACUGUUUUUUAAAUUUUCUUGUAUAUUACUAGUAAAGCCAGAUUUUGUUGUUGUUUUCUUUUUCCCCUUUCCCCGUGAAAUGCUGCUUAAUGCUAUUUUAUUUUGUCAUAUAAGAAAGGCCCAUGUACACAUUACACAAACAUAUCUGCAAAGCACAUGCAUCUCAGUAAUGCCUGAAGCCAAAAUAAGCAUUUCUUAUUUGUCACACAUAUUGACAUUAGGUCCUUUCGAGAGAACGCUUUCAACCGUUACAGUGAUUUGAAAUCUAAGAGCAGCAAGAAAAAGAUCUUGUUGAGACCAUUGCCAUGAAUCAAUUUUAUCUGUCUUUUCAUUUGACCUUUGCUUGUUAUUAAACAGCUACAUUGAGCA